AUGGACCUAUUCACCGCCGCCUGCGAGAACUUCGGUCUGGUCAUUAACACGCAGAAGACGCUGGUGAUGCACCAACCGCCACCCAACUCAGCCACAGCCCCCAACGCGCCACCGCCGCCGCAUAUCAGCGUGAACGGAAAUCAACUGCAAGUGGUGGCGAACAUCCCGUACCUGGGCAGUACCCUCUCGCGCAACAUCAAGAUUGAUGACGAAGUUGCCAACAGGAUCUCGAAAGCCAGUCAAGCCUUCGGUCGCCUCCAUAGCACAGUUUGGAAUCGUCAUGGUCUCCAACUGAGCACGAAGCUGAAGAUGUACAAGGCCGUCAUCCUGCCGACGCUACUGCAUGGAGCGGAGAAUUGGACGGUGUAUGCAAAGCUGGCACGCCGUCUGAACCACUUUCACCUCUGUUGUCUCCGUCGCAUCCUGAGGCUGAACUGGCAGGAUCGAGUCCCCGACACUGACGUGCUGGAACGGACGGGAAUCCUCAGCAUCUACGCCAUACUUAGGCAAAUUCAGCUGCGCUGGAGCGGCCACCUGGUGCGAAUGGACGACGAGCGACUACCCAAACGACUCUUCUACGGAGACGUCGCGACGGGUUCUCGCCGACAAGGAGGCCCAAUUCGUCGAUAA